AUGUCUGAAGAUCCCAAGGUGCAAGAGUUCGCCCUUAAGGAGGACCACGAGCUCAGGUUUGAGGUUGGAAGCACAGAAGUUGUGCUCGAGCUUCUUCAAGGAAGAGCAGAGGUUUUUGGUACUGAGCUAGAAAUGCAUAAAAAAUACGCGUUUCCUCCUAAUACUCGUGUUGCUGUAUUCAGCUGGAAAGGAGCGACUGUUGAAUUGAUUGGUCCUACCAACAGCGCUUACGUUGCUGAACACACUCCCAUGGUAAUCUAUCUGAAUACUCACGCAGCACUCGAGCAGCUCAGGCAGCACUCAGAGGAGCAAGUGGCCGUUGAUGGCACAGAAAACCCAAAGGGCCCAAGAAUAAUGCUGGUUGGACCGACUGAUGUGGGUAAAACAACAGUGUGCCGAAUUCUUUGCAAUUACGCAGUAAGACAGGGAAGGUCUCCAGUAUUCAUUGACCUCGACGUUGGCCAGGGGAGUAUUUCCGUUCCUGGAACGAUCGGUGCUCUUUUCAUCAACAAAACUGCGGACGUUGUCGAAGGAUUCGACAGAUCGAACAGCCAUCUGCGUUCCACCAAGUCGCCUUACAACUUCUCUUGUCGGUACACAAUACUGUAUGCUUGCAUUGUAUCAGCUGCUGAAGCAUUCGAGGUUGACGUUGUCGUUGUACUCGACCAUGAACGCCUUUACAAUGAAUUGCAACGAGAUUUGCCCACUUUUGUCAAGAUUCUUCAUCAGCCGAAAUCCGGUGGAGUAGAGACGCGUUCUCGUCAAUCCCGUUUGGCUGCUCGCAGUGCAUCAAUACAUAGGUACUUCUAUGGCGUGCACUCUAAUCCAUAUUUCCCUUUCACUUACGAAAUGGGUUUUGCUGAUGUUAUUUUCUGUAAAAUCGGCACUGAAAAGUUACCGGAGUCAUGUCUUCCUUUUGGAUCCAAGGUCGAGGAUCAUCAAACAAAGAUCUACAAGGCAUUCUAA